AACUUCAAAUCACGAAACCGAUUCCUAAAGCUGUUAUGCAACUGUCAAGUUCUAACCUCCAAACAGUCAAAAUUGAUUUUGUAAUAUUUUAAUUAAAUUUAUCUUGUGAAAAGGAAAAUGCCACCAAAACCAAAAGUUCAGUUUCACGACGUUAAUCCAUUUCUACAAAACUUGCGAAAUUUUCUGUUAGGUAGAAAACACACUUUGGCUCUGAGAUUUCAAGACACAAUUGCCACACGGUCCCCACCUCCCCCAAUACUUCCAGACGGUCCAGCUCACAAACUGAGCGCCAAUUAUUACUACACCAGAGAUCCAAGACGUGAAGUCUCUCCUCCAGAAGUAAUAGCACCCAUUCCUUCACAACUGGAAGCAGGUCAAAAAGCUAGCACUGUCAAGAAAAUCACCCCUGGAAAUACUUAUUUGUGGGAUUGAUUAUAAAUGAAUAGUUGAAAUAUAUAAGUAGUUGAAGAAUGGAAUGGUCUCAUAACGAUCAUCAAAUAGAUAUUCUUUGAAACUUGUUAGGUAUCGUCAAAUGCACAUUACAUUUUCAUUUUGAAUGUUUCAUAUGCUAAUAUUACUUGGGAUAAACAUUGAGUGACUGAAAUUUUA